AUGUCUUCUUCAAAGACUCGCUCCACGCCCAAUUUGCAGAAGCCCUACAAGUGCUUGGAGUGUGGGAAGAGCUUCAGCCGGAGCAGCAAACUGAUCCGCCACCAGAUGAUCCACACUGGGGAAUGGGCCUAUGAGUGUGGCAAAUGUGGGAAGGGCUUCAGCUGCAACUCCGAACUCAUCUGUCACCAGCGCAUCCACACUAGGGAGAGGUCCUACGAGUGUUCUGAGUGUGGGAAGAGGUUUCAGAGGAGCUCUCAUCUCCUCGUGCACCAACGGAUUCACACAGAUGAGAGGCUCUUCUGCUGCCCUGACUGUGGGGAGGGCUUCAAGCACAACUCCACCCUCGUCAGGCACCGGCGGAUCCACACUGGGGAGAGGCCCUACGAGUGUCCCCAGUGUGGGAAGAGCUUCAGAAACAGCUCCCACCUGACCAUCCACCAGAGGACCCACACUGGGGAACAGCCCUAUGAGUGUGCGGAAUGUGGGAUGACCUUCAGCCAGAGGUCCCAGCUGACCAUUCACCAGAUGCUCCACACUGGGGAGAGGCCCUAUGAGUGUCUCCAGUGUGGGAAGAGGUUUCGCAUCAGCUCCACUCUCCUCGUGCACCAGCGGAUUCACACAGAGGAGAGGCCCUUCCGCUGCCCUGAGUGCGGGAAGGGCUUCAAGCGAAACUCUCACCUCAUCACCCACCGGCGCAGCCACACCGGGGAGAAGCUCUACAAGUGCCCCCAGUGUGGGAAGAGCUUCACCCAGAGCUCUAACUUGACCAGACAC